AGACAACACAUGGGUUGCAUGUUUGGUUGGAAGUAGUUAUAGAGGGAUCGUUACGAUGAGGAUCACACAUUUGGCCUUUGUGCUUAUCUUUAAAGCACUGCACUGCUGGGCAUCAGAUGAUUCAGCCUUUGUGUUAAUUAACAAGGCUACUGGAUUUUCUUUGGUUGAAACUGGCUGGAGCGGCGGUCAAUUACGCUGGACAAAUGCAGGGCGACUUCUGGUUGUCGCGAGAGAUAAAUGUCUGGGAGUCCAGGGGAAAAGCGUUGGGAGUGAAGUAGGCUUUUACGACUGUGAUGAAAAGAGUGACCUCCAAAAGUGGGAGUGCAAAAACAACACGGUGCUCGCCCUCCAAGGCCAGAAGCUUUACAUAGAACUUAAGGCAGAAAACACGGCCGUUCUCUCGAAUACGAUUGGACCGAACAACCAUCUCGUGAUUGCCGAGACGUCCAGUGGCCCUUGUACGAGAACACACAGAGAAUUUUACACCAUUGGUGGCAAUGCAGCUGGAAGACCCUGCGUGUUUCCUUUUCUGUACAAGAACAGGUGGUUCACAAGCUGUACUACAUAUCAGUCCGUAGAUAAUCUUUAUUGGUGUGCGGUGGAAACAAAAUUUGAACAUGAGCUCUGGGGCUACUGCCCAACUAACAGUAAAGAAAACUGGUUCAAAAACCCGACCACAGGAGCAAACUACCAGCUGAACACUCAGUCAGCUCUGACGUGGUGGGAGGCUGAAACCAGCUGCAACCAGCAGGGCGCCUACCUGCUGAGUAUCACCGAUCCCCACCAGCAGGCCUAUAUCACAACAUUAUUACAAGCAGGAGGCGGGAGGAGAGGUUACAAGCUUUGGACUGGGCUGGUCAUGGAUCCAGAACAUGGCUGGAAGUGGUCUAAUAGGAAUCCUUUGCCCUACCUCAACUGGGACUCAGGACAUCCCGUUUCCAGUCCAGGACAGCUCUGUGCGAUCAUUGACGGUGAAGUACAGUACUCCUGGCAAAGCUCGAACUGUAACAAGAAACUGGGCUACAUCUGCUACAGUAAAGGAGUUUUGGCUGCUCCAACUGGGGCUCCUGAAACAGGAUUUUGCUCGGCACCAUGGACUCCAUACAACGGCCACUGUUUCCUCCUCAAUCGUAUCAAAAAAACAUGGUCUGAAGCCCAGGUAGCUUGUCGGAAGGAAGAAGGCGACCUUGUGAGCGUCCGCAAUAUAGAGGACCAGAGCUUUGUGAUCUCUCAUCUGGGAUAUGCAUCCUAUGAUGAGCUUUGGAUUGGACUGAAUGACAGGAAGACGGAGAGGCUUUUUGACUGGAGUGACCACUCUACUGUCAGCUUCACCAACUGGGAGUUUGGGAGACCAGGUGUCUCCUCGGACGUAGAAGACUGUGUUCUCAUCAGGGGAGAGAAUGGAAAAUGGGCUGACCGAAAUUGUAGAGAGAAACAUGGUUACAUUUGUAUGAAAACAAGUGCCUCUGAACCGUCUGGAGAUGAAGUGGAGGAGAGUGCAGGUUGCAAGACUGGUUCGAUUAGACAUGGCUCUUACUGCUACUCUGUUGGGGCUGAGACAAAGACAUUUAAUGAAGCAAAUGAGGACUGCAAGAGCUCAAAUUCCUAUAUGGCUGAUAUCUCGACAGGAGUGGAUAAUGCCUUCUUAGUGAGCCUGGUCGGUCUGAGACCAGAGAAACAUUUCUGGUUAGGCCUCUCAAACCAGAAAAACAUUGAUGUUUUUGUGUGGACCAACGCAGAGUCUGUGAGAUUCACUCACUGGAACGCUGAAAUGCCAGGCAAUGAACAGGGUUGUGUUGCUAUGGCAACUGGGAGAUUUGCAGGCCUCUGGGAUGUGUUGCCUUGUACCAAUAAGGAGAAGUACAUUUGCAAACACCUGGCAGAGGGGGCGGUUUUAACCCAUGCGCCUCCAACUGCUCCCUCCACCACUUGUGCAGACAGCUGGGAUAAAGUGUUAUCAAGAAACUUCUGCUUCAAGAGAUUCACAACCAGGAAGACAUGGUAUGAGUCCAGAGAUUAUUGCAGAGCCAUUGGAGGAGAUCUGCUCAGCAUCCACAGCGCUGCAGAUCUUACGAACAUGCACAGCUAUGGGAGCUUCUGGAUUGGACUUAGUGCCCCUGACCCAGACACUGGUUAUGUGUGGAGUGAUGGCUCUCCAGUUAACUUUCUGCAUUGGCAAGAUGAAGAGCCAAACAAUAAAAAUAAUGUAGAAUCUUGUGUUGAGUUUUAUGCACAUAACUACGAUGAAGAUGGGUCUUGGAAUGAUAAUCACUGUGAGAAGUACAAUAACUGGAUUUGUCAAAUUCCUACAGGAUUCACCCCAAAGCCACCUCCAGAACCGGUCGCUCCAGAUUACAACACAACCUCUGAUGGGUGGCUGGAAUGGAAAGGGAAUCAAUAUUAUAUCAACGAAAGAUCCAUGGCCAUGGAAGACGCCCGUUUCUUCUGCACACAGAGGCAUGGGGACCUGGUCACUAUCAACAGUGAUGAUGAAAGUAUCUUUCUGUGGAAAAGGAUAUCUCAAGGCUAUAGCUCUUACUGGAUUGGCCUGACUGUCGAUUUUGAUGGCUCGUUUCAAUGGAUGGAUCAGUCUGAUGUCAUGUUUCAAAAGUGGGAUGAAGGCCAGCCUAACUUCCGCAAUUUUGAUGAGAACUGUGUUCUUAUGACGGCUCACAUUGGAUUCUGGCACGAUUAUAACUGCGGAUUUGAGUACAAGUCCAUUUGCAAGCGCAGUACCACACCACCUGCCAACGCUACCGUUGCACCAACAGUUCCCCCUAAAGGUGGCUGCCGACUCCCCUGGAAAAAAAUAAACUCCAAGUGUUACAACAUCGUCCAAGACCAGAAUUUAACGUGGCAUGAUGCGAGGGACAAAUGCAAAGAAAUGGGAGGGAACUUGGCCUCUAUUCCCUCAUCACAAGUGCAAGUGUUUUUGGUUUCAGAAAUGGUUCAUGCACCAAAUAGUGACGUUUGGAUUGGUCUUAAUAGCUUAUCUGGCUUGGAUUUUUAUUGGACUGAUGGGCGACCAAGGUCAUACUACAACGUUGGUUCUCCGGGACACGGCUCUUCUUCCUUUCAUUACUAUGGCAUGGGUUCUAUAUCGUUCUCUGAGUAUGAGAGGUACCAAUCAUACAAUCAGGAGCCAAAAAGAUGUGCUGUGAUCAAUACUAGUCCAUCCCUUGGUAUUGGUAAAUGGAUACCCAAGUCCUGCAAUGACACCAAUGGAUUUGUAUGUCUGCGAGAUGUUGACCCCGCUGUCACUGACUCACCUGAACCAAUAAUUCCCAGCAGCUACAUCAAAGUACUCAAUGAUUCCCUCAAAGUUGUUGCUCAGAAUAUGAGCUGGGAUGCAGCCAAGAAGAACUGCGAAGACGAUGGUGCCAACCUGGCCGCUUUGCGGACAGAGUGGGCACAGGCUUAUAUUGAGAAUCUAGCUCUUCAACUCAACAGUCCUGUGUGGAUUGGACUCAACAAGAAUCAGACCAACGGCUAUUAUAGAUACAUUGAUGGCUGGCAUGCAAGAUUUACUAAAUGGGGUGACUAUCAACCGAGCAGGGAUGGACCUUGUGUCUACGUGGAUGUAGAUGGGAAAUGGAAGACAGCCAGCUGCAGUCGGGCCCUCAACAGUGUCUGCAUGAAGUCUACAGAUGUGCCACCAACAGCCGCAACUGAUUUUCCAGGAGAUUGUCCCGAAGACCCAGAAGGAUCACCCUUUAGCAUCAGGAAUUUCUGGAUACCUUUUAGAGGUUACUGUUACAUAUUUUUCAUCGAACCAAAAAAGUGGCCAGAUGCAUCAGUCAACUGUCGUAGACAUGGUGGAAUGCUUGCCAGCAUUGAAGAUCCUGCAGAACAAGCUUUUAUUCUAACCCAUGCGCAAACAUUUAAGAACAGCUACAAAUUUUUCUGGUUGGGUCUCUUUAAAACUCAUAAAGGGGAGUGGCUGUGGUUGGACCAGGCGGUUAUGGAUUACACUAACUGGGAUGAGAGUGAAUUUGGAUCUAUUCAUAACACCCACAUGUACGCUGGGAUUACCACAGAUGGGACAUGGAGAACAGGCCAUCACUGGACUGACAGACCAUACAUCUGCAAAAAAGCCAAAGUGAUGCUACCAACGCCAUCUGCAACAUCUGGUUCAAGAGCAACCUCAAAUCGUGACCGCGGCCACAUUGUUUUGACGGUCGUGCUAGUCACCAUUGUGAUUGUAUUGGGAAUGCUCAUCGUCGUAUUCUUUUGGAAGAAGUCUGGUCAUCACUUAUCCAUCCCUAACAACUUAGCCACCUUUGACAACCCUCUUUUCUUCAGCAACAAUCGGUCACAGUCUGAGCUGGUGGAUACCAAACAACUGGUUGAGAAUUCAGAGGAAGAGAACAGUCAACCUGUAGUAAUGAUAUAGAAGAAAAAAGAAACAACACAAUUUAGAUGGAAACCUUUUCUAUGGCUGUGAUCAAGAUUUCACAGCAGAAGUCUGGUGAAAGCUGUUAGUGACAAACUGAAAUAGUUCAUUUAGAACAAGCCUGAGCUAUCUUGUACAAUAACAUUACGGAAUUCAAUGAAGACUCUUUUCUUAUGUUGUUUUGUUGUUUGGAUAGUAUUGUGCAUGUUUAUACUUACUACAGAUAGGCACGAAGCAGGAAUUUAACGGCACACAAAUAUACAUCUCUUUAUAUACAUCAGUUUUAUGGUGAUGAUUUGAUCGAUUUUAAAUACAAAAUGAAAAAAAUUCACUUUGUUAAUGUGAAUGUAAAUUAAAGCUUAAAAGCAUUAAAAAAUAACACUAUUCUGACAUCGAUGAAAAGACACAAACACUGUGUCUUUGAGUCAACUCCAAAGAGUACAAAUUGAAACUGGAGGUUGAACCAGUUAGAAAAAAAACGACAACAAACAAGCAACGUUUGAAUUGUUUUGUCAGCAUUUUUCUGUUCUUAGAGAAAAACUUCACAGACACAACUGGAAUUUGAAGCUACUGUAUGUAUUACACUGGUAGAGGUAGUUGUGCUACUGCAAAAUGUAUUUCUUUGAUGCACAAAUAAUAAUAACCCAUUUGUAUCAGAUUGCAGGUUCAAUUUAAAAUGUGUAUUAAAAAAAUGAAAAAAUAAAUAAAAUAAAACAAUGAAGCAGGAUUUUGAUGGCU